AGCGAGGGGUGGGAGGGCCGGCCAGGGGCGGGGCCAGCGCGGCGAGGGGCGGGGUGAGCGCCGAGGCCGCGGGGGCAGCGACGGCGCCGGGCAGCGGGAGCGGCGGCCGCGCCAUGUGGCUGCUGGGGCCGCUGUGCCUGCUGCUGAGCAGCGCCGCGGAGAGCCAGCUGCUCCCCGGGAACAACUUCACCAAUGAGUGCAACAUCCCGGGCAACUUCAUGUGCAGCAAUGGGCGGUGCAUUCCGGGCGCCUGGCAGUGCGAUGGGCUGCCUGACUGCUUCGACAAGAGUGAUGAGAAGGAGUGCCCCAAAGCCAAGUCCAAGUGCGGCCCCACGUUCUUCCCCUGUGCCAGCGGCAUCCAUUGUAUAAUUGGCCGCUUCCGGUGUAACGGGUUUGAGGAUUGCCCUGAUGGCAGCGAUGAAGAGAACUGCACAGCAAACCCCCUGCUCUGCUCCACUGCUCGCUACCACUGCAAGAACGGCCUCUGCAUUGACAAGAGCUUCAUCUGCGACGGGCAGAACAAUUGUCAGGACAACAGCGAUGAGGAGAGCUGUGAAAGUUCUCAAGAACCAGGCAGCGGGCAGGUGUUUGUGACUUCGGAGAACCAGCUCGUGUACUACCCCAGCAUCACCUACGCCAUCAUUGGCAGCUCCGUCAUCUUCGUGCUGGUUGUGGCCCUGCUAGCCCUGGUCUUGCACCACCAGCGGAAACGAAACAACCUCAUGACACUUCCAGUUCACCGCCUGCAGCACCCUGUGCUGUUGUCCCGCCUGGUCGUCCUGGACCACCCUCACCACUGCAAUGUGACCUACAACGUCAACAAUGGCAUCCAGUAUGUGGCCAGCCAGGCUGAGCAGAAUGCCUCAGAAGUAGGCUCCCCACCUUCCUACUCCGAGGCCCUUCUGGACCAAAGACCUGCCUGGUAUGACCUCCCUCCACCACCCUACUCUUCUGACACCGAGUCUCUGAACCAAGCCGACCUGCCACCUUACCGCUCACGAUCCGGGAGCGCUGACAGUGCCAGCUCCCAGGCAGCCAGCAGCCUCCUGAGUGUGGAUGACACUGGCCACAGCCCGGGGCAGCCUGACCCUCCGGAGGACCCCACCCAGCCCAGGGACUCUAUGCCCAGCCAGGGCACUGAAGAAGUGUAAGAUCCAGUUAUUCCAAAGUUCAUAUGGGUUCAUCUGCUCUGACUUGUUGCCAUCCUAUUCGUUCAUAGGAAGCUCUCUAAGCACCCUGCGGGUGUGGCGAGCUGCAGUUUGGAGUGUCAGCUCUCUUUCCAUUCCCCUCCCCUUCUCACCCCCAAAUUUCAGGGACGGUCUUAGGAGAGUGACUGGCAUUUUGCUGGCCUUUCGGUUGAUACUAUGUGUUGUGCCUCUUUGCAAUGAGGCCACUCUUCUUCCCAUCAUCUGUUACUGUUGGGCUUCCUCUGCGGAAGAACUGCGUGCGUAUCUGUGGACAGCAGGAUGCAGUGGUCUUUAAGGACAUAGCCUUUGAGAAAGCUGUGUGUCUGUGCUAAGUCAGGUGUUCAGAGAGGCAGAACACCCUGGCCCAGAUGCUCGUCUGGACUGCUACCUUAUAGCCACAUUCUGGGAUGUGGGCCACAGGAGCCUGCAGGCAGCACACCCUGAUGAACCCUGAAAAGAGUGCAGCUGCGUAUGAAAACCUGCGUCCCACCUGAGUGCACAUUGCUCCCAAUCCAGCACUGGCAGUGACCAAAGAAGACGUUCCAUAAACACAGCAGCCUUCAGCCAUCUGCAGCAUCGUUUGGGUUUUGUGAUGGGGAUUCUGAAGCCAUCCAUCUUCCAGAGAUCCCAGCUGCAGAAAUUUUCCCAAGAACACUUGUGUUGAGAGUUGCCUCCCAGAACAGGCCAGGAAAGCCUGCCAUGAGUUUAUCCAAGUGCUCAGAUGCCUAACAUCCCCGCACUCCCUCCUAGGCUGUGGACUGCCACUCUCCCAGCUAACCCCUGCAGACCCUGGGAGAAGCCCUGACUUCAGUGGGCCAAAAGUCUAAUCUGGCCAUCUGUGCCCUGCCUGGAAAGCACACACAGCCUGUGCUUGCUGUUCUACAUUAGGUUCCUUACGUCCCGUUAACAUGCAUCUGGACUUAAGGACGCCAGUUUCUAACACACCUUGAGCUGUGAGCAGUGGUCCUAUGUGAGCUCCCUGUACCGCACGCACCCCUCUUCCCAAGGCCCCAGCACCAACACCCCAAGUCAGGGUUAGGGUUGGACUUAGAGUUAGGGUCAGGCCUCUCCUAACAUCCCAGUCGUUUCUCCUGAGACACACGGGCAACAGUCAUUUUGGAGCCAAGAUUUCCCAUUUGGAUUUUUUUUUUUUAAUCUUUUAGAAAUGCAUUUGAAACAGUGUGUUUGGUUUUUUUUUUUCCCUUCUAGUUAAGGGACUAUUUAUAUGUGUAUAGAAAAGCAAUCUCUUAUUUGUUUGUUUUUUUAUUAUUUUCCCUUUGGUGAGGGCCAAACAAAGAGAUCACACCUCUGCCCAGCUGGCCCUGGCCCCAUGGUAACAAGGCACCCCAACUAACUUGUGUGCUGUAGCACUUUGAGGUCACUCUUUGUCAAGGUCUUGAAGGCCGCACAAAGAGGACGCUUUGCUCCCUUGGUUCACACUAGUGUUCCUCUUUCUCUGCACCCAGCCAGCAGCCAUGGGGCCCGCCCUCUCGGGAAUAAUGGCUGAAAAGGUAGGCACUAUUUGGCAAGAAGCCACACGGCCCAGUGAGGGACAUAACUGGAACAGGUGGAGCCACUUCAGGCAGCUGUCACCACCCACUCAGAGCAACCUGUUGGAUGCUCAUCACAGCAAAGCCCGGCAGAGUAGUGGUUGGGAAGUGGCCUUCAGUGACCUCGUCCUGGAGAAUUUUCCUUUUUGAACCAGAUCCAAAGUGUGCUCCAGGAAAGCUGGCCACGUGGCAUUUUUGCUGUGUUUUGUGUUUUAUGCUGAAAGGAAAGGAACCUGGCGCUAGUGUCUUAUAUUUUUAAAUAGCACUCUAGUUAUUUUCUAAGUAAUCCAAUAAACAAAGAACUUUGAUGUCAGCCAGGGCGAGUCUGGCUGAACCUUUCACCCGCUUUGAUGGGCCCCAGCUUCUUUCUGGUGCUCUGGAAGUGGUUUAGAGGGAAAGGAUUCUAAUUUUAAUUAAUUGUGCAGUGAGUUAAUCUCACCCAGUUUUCUGCUUCCA